AUGCAGUCCAGCCUGCUUGGCCGAAUGACAGGCGUCACAGGCAGCAGAAGCAAGCGCCACACUAAGUUUCGCCUUCGGCGUCUUCAGCAACCGCCCACCGAGUCAACCACCAGACUUGCGAGCCCGGACGACGCCCAACCCAUUGAGGAGACGAAAUCGCAGGAGCACCUCGAGCAAAGUGCUACUCAGGGCCUAAGCGAAGCAUCCGGUGAUAACAAUGCAGGGGGUGCCCAUCCAACGCCAGCGCCGAACGAGGGAGAUGCGCCCACGGUGGCCGAGCUCCAACAUGGUUCAAAUGACCGGGUCGACGACGGCACAAGUGGCUCUGGUACUGUAUCAGGCUGGAAACUCGCCGCUGUUCUCAUUGGAUUAUCACUGGCGGUGUUCUGCAUGUCCCUAGACAGCACAGUGCUAUCAACUGCAAUCCCCAAGAUCACUGCUGAAUUCAACUCGCUACACGACAUGGCCUGGUACGUGAGUGCAUACAACCUGACGAUAAGCAGCUUCAGCCUCGUCUACGGCAAGAUCUACAGCUUGUACAGAGUGAAAUGGGUAUACCUGACAACGCUAUUUUUGUUUGAAGCCGGCUCACUAGUCUGCGGCGCCGCACCCAGUUCCCUUGCCCUCAUCAUCGGCCGCGCCAUUGCCGGCGUUGGUGGCGCAGGGGUAUUCCUCGGCUCCAUGCUUAUUGUCCACGAAAUCAUGCCGCUCCAUCAAGUGCCACUGUUUAUCGCCCUUAUUAGCGGUCUGUACGGUAUCGCUAGCGUCGUGGGUCCCCUUCUUGGUGGCGUAUUCACCGACUACGUCAGCUGGCGCUGGUGCUUCUAUAUCAAUUUGCCCAUUGGAGGGUUGACAGCGUUUAUCAUUGUUCUGUUCGUCAGGCCGCGGGUCCGCGAAAAGGCUACAGUAAAGAAAACCCCCUGGGCGCAGUUGCUUGAUCUUGAUCCCCUCGGUAUUAUUCUCAUCCUUCCCGCCGUCAUGUGCAUGUUGCUCGUACUUCAAUGGGGUGGGGCAAAAUACGCCUGGAGCAACUGGCGCAUCAUCGUGCUUUUGGUCAUGGCGGGCUCUCUGGCGUUGACCUUUACUGCUGUGCAACUGUGGCAGGGCGAGAGGGCUACGAUUCCGCCACGAAUAGUCCGGAAUCGCAGUGUCUGGGGUGCAAUAGCCUUUUCGGUUUGCAUUUACGGCUCCUUCACGGUCUUUACGUAUUAUCUCCCCAUUUGGUUCCAGGCCAUCAAAUCUGUCUCCGCAACGCGCUCGGGGGUGAUGAAUCUUCCCAUGAUCCUCGGCGUAGUUGUAUGUUCGAUGCUCUCUGGCUGGGGCGUCAGCCGGGUUGGCUACUACGUGCCGUUUAUGUACAUGGCACCGGUGGUCGGAUCUAUUGGCGCGGGACUGCUCACGACACUGCACGUCUUUUCCGGACCGGCUGCCUGGAUCACAUACCAGCUGUUAUUGGGCGUCGGCAUCGGAUCCGGCAUGGCGCUCCCCCUUGUCGCUGUACAGACUGCUCUCCCUACCGACGACGUCUCGACGGGCUCCGCCAUCAUCACAUUUACUCAGUCUCUUUCGGGCGCGUUAUUUAACUUUGUGGCCCAAAGUGUCUUCCAGAGUCGCCUUGUGCAUAACCUGAAUGCGGCGCUUCCAGGAGUGGAUACGGCGAGGGUGGCUGAUGUUUCUCCGAGGGAGAUACGCAAUGCAAUUGAGCCCGAGUACCUCCCUCAAACUCUGGAAGCAUACAGUCUAGCAAUUACACAGGUGUUUUAUGCCGGCACUGCGCUAUGCACCCUAGCACUGUUUGGGGUGCUGCCGAUCAAGUGCCUGUCCGUCAAGGGAUCGAGAAUCCCGCCCAUGGCGCAUGCUUGA